CCAGUAGAAAAUAGUGCUCAAUGUAAAUUGUAAGAAGAAAACAUAAUAUUUGAGUUAUAGCGGAAAAAGAUACAAAAUUGCUUUAUUUCAAAAAAUAAAUAAAUUGGGCUUGGCUUCAAUUUACAAGUAUUUAAGACAUUCAUUCAUAUUAUUCCAUACCGGUGUAAACAUAAACAGACUGAUCAAAGAGCCAAGGUUCAAGUUCAAAAAAAAUGAUGGAGAACCCGAAUAAAGAAAUGUUAGCACAAAACAAGGCAUUGAUGAGUGAUAUAUUGAGUAGAUUGCCUGUGCGUUCUCUGCUUAAAUGCAAGACCGUCAACAAGUUUUGGAAGUCUUUGAUUGAAAAUAAAUACUUUGUUUCAGUACUCCAUUUGGACCGAGCCCCUUAUCUACAUUUCCAACCCGUAAACCAGAAUUCUUACAUAAUCGACUCGUUCUGUGGAUUGGUGUUGAAAAUGAGCAACCAAAAUCCUGUUAACUACUCUAUAGUCAACCCUGCCACCCGCCAAAUACUUGAUUUGCCGGAUCCAAAUCAUGCUAUCCUACGUUCUCCUUAUGUUGAUAAUCAUGCUCCCGCUAUUCAAUUGCUUCCGUUAAUUGCUUUCAAUAGGAAAACACAUGAGUGCAAAUUGCUCUUGGAAUGUAGACGCGUCAACAAUCAAGGUGUCGAAGAACAUGCUUUAGAAACUUUUGAAGUUGGUAAAGAUAUCAAUUGGAGAUCCAUCGGGAGACAGACAGGCUUUUUACAUUUUCCGGAUGUCAUUAAGCUAAUGUAUGUGAGAACCAGCGGAGAAUUGCAUUCAGUUAGAGUAUUAUUAACUGAUGAAGGUAUUGCUCUGUCUGUCCUAUCUAUUAACGCAUGGGAUGACAUGUAUCUGGUUAAUAAUGGUUUGCCUAGAGAUGUCCACUUCAAUUUAUUGAAAGCUUGUUUUAUUGAAUGGGAUGAUUGUUUAGCUAUUGCUGAGAUAAUCGGGCUAGACCUUCACCUCUUAAAAAUGACAAAGUACGAUGGUGGUGACUUGAGAUGGAGUGAGCAGAAAAGGAUUGUUCCAUUGACAUUUCUAAACACAGAACCCUAUUCAAAGGAAAGAGAUCAAAUUUCUCCAGCGAUAUUUCAAUCUACUGUCCUGUGGUUUAACUUUAGAAGGAGAAUGUCGUUUUCUUACGAUGUCAAAGCCAAGAGAAUUAACAAGAUUGAACUUCCACGGCCAAAAAGAGAGCUAUUUGACACAGAUACUAAAUUUCAGCAUUUUCCAAGCCUUGUAAAGUUACAAGGCAUGAGACCAGAUCAAGGGAACUAUCAAUGGUACGAGGAUAGAAUGUAAUACCAAUCACAGACUUGAUAUUUUCUUAUUAUAUUGGAUAGGGGUACUAGCAAAAACAGAAUUUUGAUUCUUUAUUCAAGCACUUGUCUUUUGUAAGUGAAUAAUGUGAAUGUACUUAUGGUGCAUUUCUCUCUCUCCUUAACAAUUUUUCAUAUUCUUGUAGUUUACUAGUUUGGAAGUAGCU